AAGUGUUAAGCCAGGGCCUAUUAACAAAAAAACCCCGUAAUAGGAUCGUGGAAGAGUGUUUUCUUCUUUCCUCCGACAGCACAAUCCCAUUUCAUCCAGCUCUCCAAUAUUCCGUAUCACAGAGCUCUUCGUCCCCACAAUUUCCCAAUUUCUAUCAGAUCCAGCCUCUGCAUCGGAGUUUCUCUUCAAUUUCACCCCCAACUCCCGCGCAAUCGCCUUCACCUCUUCACGAUCUCGAGUCUCCAAUCAGAUUUGGGGCGUUGCUUCCGCACUUCUUCCGAUUCGCGCCGGUUCUGUCGGUUUAUCUCGAAGAAGAGCUCAAAUUCGCUCUAUUGCAGCGAUUUCAGGUGGUUAUGGUAUUGUAGAAUCUGAAUCUGGAGGCUAGGUUUUGGAAAAUGCAUAUGAAAACCACGCAAUCGUCGUUUAGGGAUCGAACGCAGGAGUUUCAGAGCGUAGCGGAGAGACUAAAGAAGUCAUUGGCUCCGGGUGCGAAUGGGCCGAGUAGCCGGUCGAAAUCGGAGGAACAGCGAUCUGCCAUUGCAAUCCAGUCGGAGUUCAAUAAGAGGGCUUCCAAGAUCGGGUAUGGGAUACAUCAGACGUCUCAGAAGCUUGCAAAGCUGGCAAAGUUGGCAAAGAGGACUUCAGUUUUUGAUGACCCCACAAUGGAAAUCCAGGAACUGACAGCAGUAAUCAAGCAGGACAUUACUGCAUUGAAUUCUGCAGUUGUAGACCUUCAGCUUCUCUCCAAUUCAAGACACGAGAGUGGUAAUAUCUCAAGUGACACCACUAGUCAUUCAACCACAGUUGUUGAUGACCUGAAGAAUCGUCUAAUGAGCACCACAAAAGAAUUCAAAGAAGUUCUUACAAUGCGUACAGAGAAUUUGAAGGUCCAUGAGAAUAGAAGACAAUUGUUUUCUUCUACAGGAUCAAAGGAUUCUGCAAAUCCUUUUGUUCGUCAACGUCCACUAGCUUCUAGGUCAGGUGCUAGUACUUCAAAUGCCCCUCCUCCUCCAUGGGCUAAUGGAUCAUCAUCUUCUUCGCAAUUCUCCACUGGGAAGCAGGCAGAUGGUGAGAGUCAGCCGUUGUUGCAGCAGCAGCAGCAGCACCAUCAACAGCAACAACAACUUGUUCCAUUGCAAGACACUUACAUGCAGAGCCGAGCUGAAGCUUUACAAAACGUAGAGUCCACUAUUCAUGAGCUGAGCAGUAUCUUCAACCAACUAGCAACUCUGGUUUCCCAGCAAGGAGAGAUAGCCAUCAGGAUUGAUGAGAACAUGGAUGACACAUUGGUCAAUGUAGAGGGCGCACAAGGAGCACUGCUCAAGUAUUUGAAUAGCAUAUCCUCUAAUAGGUGGCUGAUGAUCAAGAUAUUCUUUGUAUUAAUUUUUUUCCUCAUGGUUUUCCUAUUUUUUGUGGCAUAGUCGUGUGGAAGAGAGAAUUGGAAAGGAAGAAAAUUACUGUUCUUUUUCCGUUGUGACAAGCUAUAUCUGCUCUUUUAUUCUCCCUCCCUUAUAUGCUUAUUAUAAAUUCAUGCGGACAGAAAGAUGAGUACCGGCUUACCUAAUGUGAUAUAUGUCGGAUACGUGUAAGUGUAAAAGUUACUGAGAACAAUGUCAUUUGCAAAAACUCUUCGUUUA